UAUAGAAAUAAAAUAAAAAAUAUACUGGGCAACAAUCUAAAAAAUGUUAAAUUUUGUGUUGUGAAACUUAAAAAACGGUGAGUAUAAAAGCUUAACAAGAAAUUUACGAAGUUCGAAUUGAAUUUCUUUAAAAUAUGCUAAUGACAUUAAUUGUUAAAUAAAAGAAGAAAAAAGACACUGAUGUGUUAAAAAAGCACUGAGCUUUGGAAGCCUUAAGCAGCGAGCUUCAAAAUAAAAUGACCUGAAGCUUUUCCUUUUUUGUUUCGAUCUACAAUUUUCUGAAAUGAGAGAAAAAAUUAAUUAAAUAAAAUUUGUACAUAGGAAAAAAUUAGGGUUUUAGCUUUUUUGUUAUAAAACAUUCCACCUAGAACUAGACAGUAGUUAAGAAUCUGAAAGAUUUUUUUUUUAAUUUUGAGUUUUGUUUAUUAGUUGUAUGAAAAUAUUAAAUUUCGGAGAGUACGUAAAUUAGUUCUGAAUGUUUCAACCCUUCGUUUUUUUACUCUUUUAAAAAAUACGAAUAUAGUAAAACAUUCUUGAAUUAAUUAAUUAUUAUUAUACAUAACACAAAGAGGAAAGAAAUCACUAAAUAGGAAUUAUUCCGAUUAAUUAUAAAUAUCAAAAAGAGGGAAAAAAGCAUGCAAAAGCUGGUAGGUAAUUUCGGUGAGAGAUAGAUUGGCAAAAAAAUAAAAAAUAUACUGGACAACAAAAUCGGAAAAUUAUUUCCCAAAUUGAAAAACUUGUAAAUUGUGUUGUGGAAAUUCAAAAACCACCAAAAAUUACGUAAUUGUACUAGAAAUUUAUUUACAAUCAUAACUCAUCGUAAACAUAAAUAAAACGAGUCUCACCUCGUGCAAAAUUUAUGCGAAGUUAUGUUUACAAUUACUUAAAGGUGAAAUAUUUAUUAUCGUUCAGAACAUCCGUUGCGGUUUCCGUUCCGGUGCAAAGUAAAUAUUAAUCAAAAGAAAAUAAUUCAAGUGAUAAUAAAUCGCCGCGAUAAAAAAUUAUUAUUUGUUUCUGUUACAAGUGUCAUGAGUUUGUUUUGCUGAAGAAACAUUUUAUUAUCUCCAUUAUGCUGAAAAACUCGACUGAUCACAACUGUAUCACUCGUCUUUCAACAUAAAUCGAAUUCAGAUUUGUGCAAAAUCUGACCGCAAGUUCGCGCCAAUUGUGGUUUCAGCUGAAGAAAGAUUUCAUUUUGCACAGUUUUCGAACCCAGUGACAAUGUUUUGCCGCGAAUUGGUGAUUACUUUCUUUCUUUCGGUGUCUCUUGUGAAAUCACUAGACUGGCAAUAUCACAACAACACAGAACUUGAAAAAUAUUUAAAAAAUUUCACUUCAACGACUCAAGGGAUCAAAACUGGCCUGUACUCAAUAGGAAAAUCGACAAAAAAAAACGACUUGUGGGUGGUUCGGUUAACAGCCGCCAAGGAUUCGAAAAUUGGUGUCCCAAAUGUUAAAUUUAUAGGAACUGUGCACGGGAAUGAACCUGUGGGGCGGGAAAUCCUCCUUCAUUUCAUGGAGUUUUUGCGCGACAAUUACCAAGUCGAUCCGACAAUCACUUGGGUUUUAGACAACACAAAAAUCCAUUUUUUGCCCAAUUUGAACCCGGAUGGCUUCGCUUUGGCCAGUGAAAACAUGUGUGAGGGUGAAUACGGCCGAAAUAACGCCUUUAGGAUGGAUUUGAACCGGAAUUUCCCGGAUUAUUACCGCACAAACCGAAUUCCGGAGGCUCCUGAAACCAAAGCUGUGAAAAAGUGGCUACGUGAUGUGCCUUUUAUUUUAUCGGCGGCUCUCCACGGCGGGGCCCUAGUCGCAAAUUAUCCAUUCGAUUCAGUACAAGAAUUGACUUCGCUUUCGACAAAUCCGCCGUCGCUGACUCCUGACAAUGACGUUUUCAUGCAUUUGGCGAAUGUUUACGCGAGAAAUCACUUAAAAAUGCACAAAGGCGAUCUGUGUAAUAAGUUUCAGAAAUUCGAAGGAGGAAUUGUUAAUGGAGCUGCUUGGUAUCCGCUCACAGGAGGUAUGCAAGAUUACAAUUAUGCAUUCCACGGUUGUAUGGAAAUCACUCUAGAAAUCUCGUGUUGUAAAUAUCCACCUGCGGAAGCCCUGCCACAGUUCUGGGAAGAAAACAAAAUGGCGCUAAUAAAUUACUGUGUGGAGGCCCACAGGGGCGUCACGGGCCAAAUUCUCGACAGUGCCACUCUGCAGCCCGUCGAGCAAGCCGCUUUGCAGAUUUCGGGUCGAAAUAUCACGUUCCACACUGGCAAAACGGGUGAAUUCUGGAGACUCCUUUUGCCCGGAAAUUACAAACUUCAAGUCUCCGCAAACGGCUACUACGACCAAGUCGAGUCAUUCGUUGUCAGGAAUUUCAGCAAUUUCCCGGAAUUGACUUUCCUGAAAGUUUAUUUGGUUAAUUCGAGUCUGAGCACCACGACGGAGAAGAGAACUACGAAAGUGACGACGGAACUUUCACAACGCACUUCAGAUGGCGCCGCCACAACGGAUUCUUCAACAGUUGCUGAAAUUAUCGAAGAAAAUAAGCCGAUGAUUGCCAGGCAAAUUCGUGAAGAAAAUUCGGCGAAUGGGAACGGCGCUUUUGUUUAUUUCUUCUUUUUGCUCUCUUUUCUGCCGAGACUGAUUUAAUUUUUUUGUUUAAUCAAGGGCCCAAUAGGUAUACAGGAUGACUCAAAAACGGGUGAGAGGGUUUUUGGGUCAUUCUGUAUUUAUUUUUGAUGACUGUCCUUAAAAAGACAAUUAAUUAGUGCCACACUGUACAUAAUUAAUUUUAAAUUGUUUAUUUGUG